UUCUAACAAGCCCUCAGACAAACACAGCAGUUAUAAACUGCCAGCGAUCUUAUCAGAUCACUUUCAGUGCACAAGCUUAAGAGCUUCCCACAUCAUUGUCUUCAUUUACGGAAGGCGCAAAUUCAGUGUUGACUGUGGACACACGACCUGCUGAAAAUAAGGAACCAAAGAGCUCAGAAUGCACGCAACUAAAAUGAAUACAGAAAACGAGUCUUCACUACAUUGCAGCCAGCUCAACAAAGAUAAAGAACAUGUAUUCAUGGAAGUAGGCUUGGCCAUUGAGUUUCUGGGCCUGCCAGGAACCAUAGUAUCCUUAUGGAUUUUCUGCUGUUGCAUGAAGUCCUGGAAACCUCACACCCUCUUCCUCUUUAACCUGGUUCUUGCUGACUUCUUGGUCCUCAUCAACGUGCCUUUCCGCAUCGACACCCACCUGCGAGGGAAGUGGGUGUUUGGACGGGCCUGGUGCAGAAUCAGCCUCUUCAUGCUGACUGUCAAUCGCUCUGCCAGCAUUGCAUUCAUGACAGCAGUGGCGCUUGAUCGCUACUUUAAGGUGGUCCACCCGCAUCACUGCAUCAGCCAAAUUACCUCGGGACGGGCGGGCUGGCUCGCAGGCCUGAUCUGGGUUGCUGUGGUGGCCCGUGGGAUUCCGCUGCUGACCGCUAACCUCUUCCACGAAGCAAGCGGCAGGUGUCGCAGCUUCAAUUCCUAUGAAAAAGACCCUGUGCCGAUAACGUUACAUUACAUUGCCUUCAUUGCAGAGUUCCUCCUCCCCUGGUUCUUGCUGCUCUUCUGCUCAGCACAGAUAGCCUGCCAGCUGCGCCGCCGGCGACUAGACAGGCAAGUGAAGGGACGGAGGGCCAUCAGAGCGGUCGUGGUGAUCAUUCUGGUGUUUACCUUGUGCUUCAUGCCAAGUGUCAUCACAGGCCUGGUGGCGGUCUACAUCAAGACAUUCUACCCCGAUGACUGUUAUUCCUACACUAAGGCAACCGAGCUCUUCAAGAUUUGCAUCGUCUUAACCUACCUCAACAGCGCUUUGGACCCCAUCGUCUACACUUUCUCAAGCUCCAUGUUUCGUGUUGCCCUUAAGAACUCCGUCUGCUUCAAGAAGAUUUUCAAACCGGUCAGCAGAUCAGCCCCCAACUCCUGAAAGGCCAUGAUAGAUGUUUAAAUGGAAUGAUUGGCUACUUCAAUGGAAGUUUAGAAGCAGCUCAUGCGGAAGAUACUAAAGACUCCGAUGACCUCUACAAGUAAGAUGUGGAGAGUCCAUGAACUGUUUAAUGCUGCAUUAUUAUGUUGUUACUGACUAAAAAACAUUGUAAGGUAAACUUCAUAACAGUAUGCCCCAAACUACCUUCUACUUUGUUGAAAUAGGCAAGUUUAUAGUCUGGCUAAUGCUUAUUAGAUAAAACAAUGGAGAAGAUUUAAGUAGAGAAAAAGUUUGCUUGAAUCAGCUUCCUGCUAUAUUUGAGACGAUUGAUUCAUCGGGGGAGUGUGUUUCUUGUGAGUGAAGUACUAACCUCUCCAGCUGCAUAUUUAACCCUGUGUUUUCACAUUCAUAUGACACCUGAAGUUGCGUGCAAAUGUUGUAUGACAUUAAGGUAAAUGACUCAAGUACAGUUAUCAGUUUGAACAGAGGUUGGUUGUAUUACACCUCUGUGGCUCCAUUUUUCAUUGUAUAAGUCAUCAAAUGCGGAAGAAACCAUUUAAAUGUCAAAACCUGCCGAGCCCACAGAGCUGCCAGACCCAUAAAUGUCUUGAUUGCCACUAUUGUAGAGCAUAUUUGUCAAGCUUGAAUGCAACAGAGUUACGGUGGUUUGUAAACAUGGAGGACGAUGCUCAGAUAAACAGUUGAUCAGCCCAUGAAAGCAGAAGUGGAGUAAAGAUUUAUGGUGAUGUAGCAAGGAGAAGACAACAGAAAGUGGGAUGAUGUGGGAGAGCGCAGAGUAUGGAUACUGGUCAAAGCACCAUUUUGUUACUGUAGUACACUAGUGCACAUUAUUAUUGUUUCCACAGUGCUUUGGAUACUGGUACUGUAGUCUACAUAUUGUUUCAGUUUUUUUUUUCCACUGUAGCUUUCUGUGUUGUCUGAUUAUUAUAACAAAUAUUUUCACACAUGCAAAUGUUAAGGUUCCCUUUUUUUCAGAGUAGCUUGUAAAACCUUUGAAAUCAGCAAAUUAGAAAAUAAGAUAUGCACUUCUACAGUCCACUGACAAUCUGAUAAAUAUCUAAACAUCUCGGUUUGUACACUGUCAAAGGAACAUUUUGGUGGCAAUGAAUUUGAUCUUUUUGACAUGAGUACAGGUCAUCUGUUUUGUUUUGCUUCAGGUUUUUGCUGUUUUGAGAAAUAUGUCUUCAGAGCUGAGAACAGUCACCACUUUGUUCAUUGUGCAAUGUGAAUAUAAUUAAAGCAAUAAAACAUGAAUGUGGCAUUGAUUUAUUUUAUUUUUUAAUACAGAAUAAAUCUAUUUGUUGUUGCUGUUCUCAGAUCUCCAUCCAUCAGCUUUACCCACUUCGCCCAGCAGAGGGUGACAGCGGGUAAUAACCUCCCUCAGCUGCCAGUAAAGGAUGUUUUGCAAAUAUCAUUUCAAGGGGGGAUGACAGCUUAGACAUAGUAUUGAAAUGCAAACCAGUGCUGGGACUCGCUGUCACUCCUUUCCUUUUGACCAGACAGUUUCAUCAUCGUCACACCUCAUGGUCACUUGUUUCAGUGUAACUAGAGCAUACCUGUGCACUCUUCUGUUCUCAUGCUAUACCACCAUGCAUCCUUACACCUCUUUCACAGGUAGGUUGUGUCCCCACUAAAAGGUUUAUCCAAUCAGGUUCCUCCAUGUUGUAAUUCUGUACUCAAGCUCUAUAAAUAUGCACUACAAUCCUCGUUUUAGUUACUGACACCUGUGGGGUCAGCAGACACUGACAAUUAGAUGGACUUUACAGGGAAUAUUUAUUAACACUGUAGACAACUGUGCUGAUCAUUUGCCUUAAUGCACUAAUGCCCCCUAGUAAAUGCUAUUACUGAUGUGUGCUUGUGGUCUUUGAGGUGUCAUUGUUGUUGUUGAUGUAACUGUAUGUGUGUU